AUGUUGGCCGAAACAUGGCCAAAAUCCUUCUGCAAGCAAAAUAAAUGUAUCGCAAAUGUACCAUCAGAGUUUACUAUACAUGGUUUAUGGCCUAAGAACAACACCCCACCUGACACAUAUUAUUGUAAAGGAGAAUUAUUUUUGCUCAACCCAUUCCAGAAGCUUAACACUGUUUGGCCGAAUCUAAAGGGGAUCAACAAGGAACUUUGGAGGUACGAGUGGAAAAAGCAUGGCACUUGCUCAGAAAUGGUUCUAGUUGAUUACUUUAAUCACGCAAUAGUUCUCUAUGAGAAAAAUAAUAUCAAAGACAUUCUAAAGAUGCCUCUAACACCAGGUGGAGCGGCGGCUCUAAUACCGGGUGGAAUCGCGAAUUCAGCUGAUAUUGAGAUGCAUAUAAAGAUCUUAACAAGAUGA